AGAGGUUAAGGCGUUGGACUCGAAAUCCAAUGGGGUUUCCCCGCACAGAAUGGCAAACGAAAAUGUGUGCCUGAUUAAAGAUCUUAAACCUGGAUUGAAAAACAUUAACUUGGUUUUCAUCGUCCUGGAAACUGGUCGAGUAUCUAAGACAAAGGAUGGACACGAAGUGCGUUCAUGUAAAGUAGCUGACAGGACCGGAAGUAUUACCAUAUCAGUGUGGGACGAAGUGGGCAGCCUGAUACAAACUGGAGACAUCAUCCGACUCAAUCGAGGAUAUGCAUCUCUCUUCAAAGGCUGUCUUACACUGUAUAUUGGGAGAACAGGGGACCUUCAGAAGACCGGAGAGUUCUGUAUGAUUUUCUCAGAGGUGCCAAAUUUCAGUGAGCCCAACCCAGAGGUGCUGGCUAAAAUCAAUCAAAUAAACAACACCCACGUCAAAACAGAAGCUUAUGGCAGCACUCCCAGUAUACCGAAUCCUGGGCCUCCUGCUGGACCUACAGGUUGAACCUUUAC